UAGACAAAUCCAGAGAGAGUAUCGGCGUCGUCUCAUCCUUCGCCGCUUCUCUCGUGACACAUCGGCACUUGGCUGCGUCCAGGCGCUCUGCAGUUCGCGGCCAGCUAGCCUGCAGUACCGCGCCACCACCCUCCGGCCAUGGCCGCGCCCCGCCCCACCGUCCUCGUCACCGGCGCCGGCGGCCGCACAGAUACCCUUUCCCUCCUUCCUUCCCCGCCCGUUUCUCCGACCAAAACCCGACGAAUCCGCCUGCCACGACGGGCAAUUCCGGUCCUAACGCUCGUCGAGUCGAUCGCAGGCCAAAUCGUGUUCAGCAAGCUCAGGGAGAGAUCCGACCAGUUCGCGGCGAGGGGCCUGGUGAGGUCGGAGGAGAGCAAGCAGAAGAUCGGGGGAGCCGACGACGUCUACGUGGCCGACAUCAGGGAGGCGGAGCACCUCGCGCCCGCCGUGCAGGGCGCCGACGCGCUCGUCAUCCUCACCAGCGCCUCCCCCAAGAUGAAGCCGGGGUUCGACCCCACCAAGGGCGGCCGGCCCGAGUUCUACUACGAGGACGGAGCCUACCCUGAGCAGGUGGACUGGAUUGGGCAGAAGAAUCAGAUUGAUGCUGCAAAAGCAGCCGGUGUGAAGCACAUAGUGUUGGUGGGAUCCAUGGGGGGAACAAAUCCCAACCAUCCAUUGAACAGCCUUGGCAAUGGCAAUAUACUGGUCUGGAAGCGCAAGUCUGAACAGUAUCUGGCAGACAGUGGAGUUCCUUAUACAAUCAUAAGGCCUGGUGGUCUGCAAGACAAAGAUGGGGGAGUGAGGGAGCUGAUUGUCGGGAAGGAUGAUGAGCUUCUCCAGACUGACACUAAGGCGAUUCCUAGGGCUGAUGUGGCUGAAGUUUGUGUUCAGGCCCUGCAGUAUGAAGAGGUAAAGUUCAAGGCAUUCGAUUUGGCUUCGAAGCCUGAAGGUGAGGGCACCCCAACGAAAGAUUUCAAAGCGCUGUUCUCCAAGGUCACAGCCCGGUUUUGAGUCAUCGGUUAAGGAGCAUAAGUACAUUUCUUAGCUUAUAAGGAUCUUAAUGUCUCGAGUGUGUAUCCUUGUGCAUUAUGAAGUUGCUGACUGAUGUAAUUGCACAAUCGGUUUACCAAUAAUGCUGAAAAUAGCCUCCUAUCGAUGCGUGGAGAUUGGAGAAGCAAUUUAUGCAUUUUCCUGAGAUUUUUCUCUGAGGAGAAGGAGUCAGCAAACAAUUGAGAAUACAUUGAUACAGUUUAACGGAUAUGACUAUCUUCUUUUCA